AUAUUUGAUGUCUGUGGCAAAAAUCAGUUUAAAAAAAGGAGCGACGUAUGUACUGUUUUUCCAAAAUUUUUAAUAAUUGUAAAUUAAUUAAACUGGUUAAUAUGGCAAAUCUCCCGCCUCGAAAAAUUUCAACAUCUGGUAAAGUAUCCAAGCAACAGGGUGCCACACCUCUUGAGAUACUAUUACAAAUGGGCUUUCCUAGGAACCGAGCCUUGAAAGCUUUAGCGGCUACUGGCCACCGCAGUGUCCAGUUAGCCUCAGACUGGCUUCUCACACAUGUAAAUGAUGCAUACAUAGAUGCUGAACAACCUAGAGAGUACAUAUUCUAUGCAAACCCUACAGGGCAACUGUUGGCACAGCUGCAGAGCUUUUGGCAAAAGUCCAAAGCUACUGCGUGGAAUGGAGCACACAAUUUUCCACCUCACAUAACACUUGUGCCAUUUUUUAAGGCAAAAGAUGAUGUAUGUUUGCAACUAGCAAAAUCUAUAAAGCAAACUGUAGAGGUAGUGGGGCAGCCGCCAGAAACACCAUUGAAAUUGGAGUCUUAUAUAUCACAGAACUUUAUGGGCUUGUUUAUUUCUGAAGAGCAUUCUGACUAUUUGAAGAAUAUUGCGUUGCAAUAUGCAAAGCAAGUAUCGGCUUUGGUGGGUGCAAAGGUGGAUACUAACCAAGGGUUGGAAGGGUGCAUAGUAACUGAAGAAAUAUCUAAUAAAUCAUCGAACGCUGAAGCGCAAACGAAAUCGCUGCACCUCACGUUGGCGUAUCACUUCGACGUCAGCGCGUUCGAAGCUCUCAAGGCGCUGGUGGAUCAGCUGGACCUCACGGAGCCUCUGCAUCCUGAAUGGGAACUACGUCUGUACUCCCGGGAUCCCCGGUUUUCCAACCAUCAGGUAUUCAGAGUGAUGCAAGGCUAUGCUCCAGUAGCAAGUGACGAGCUAGAACUUGUGGUCGGGGACUAUGUGUACAUUGAGGAGAAACAGUUCGACACGUCGCCUGACGGUUGGGUGUACGGCACUUCAUGGCUUACGGGUGUGAGCGGCUACCUGCCUGCAGUCUACACGCGCCGCACGCCCGAUUCCGAUGUCUGGACCUUACACCGGGCCAUCUCACUUAAAGCGCCUAACAAUACAGACUCUAAAUCUGAAUCCGACUCUGCGAGUAACACGGAAACAGAAACGGCAUCCUACUCUCACGAAGAUGCCGAGAAGCUUGGAUAUGAGAAAUCCGAAGAGACCUACCAAGCUUGGCAGAAAUAUUGGAUGGCUGUCACCAUGAAUAAAAUAGAAAAUGUGUUGACUGUUACGCAAGGAGGAGGUGCUGUUGGGAAAAGCAAUCCAAACCCAGGAAGUGGCGACAAGACAGUCGUUCCUUGUAAAAAAAGUGAAACGUCUAUCACUAAUGGUUUGAAUAAAAGUCGCAGGUGGAUAUUUGCAUUGAGGCACGGCGAACGCGUGGACCUCACGUACGGGUCGUGGGUUCCGUUCUGCUUCGAUGAAAACGGGACCUACGUGAGGAAGGACUUGAAUAUGCCGUUGACAUUGGUCGAAAGAGCAGGCGGCGCGGAGGAGUACGUGCGCGACUGCCCGCUGACGCGUGUGGGGCAGCUGCAGGCGCGGCUGGUGGGCGAGGGGCUGCGGCUGGCGGGCGUGUCCGUGACGCACGUCUACUCAUCCUCUGCGUUACGCAGUGUCGAGACCGCACACCACUUUUUAAAAGGCCUAGAAGCUGACCCGUCUGUGAAAAUAAAAGUGGAUCCGGGUUUGUUCGAGUACAAGGGUUGGCACUUAAACAAGGGGCUGGCCAAGUACAUGACGCCGCAGGAACUGCACAAGGGAGGCUACAACGUGGACCUAGAAUAUAAACCAUACACAGUCGUGGAUACGACAUGUGCAGAAACUAUCGAGGACUUCUACAAGAGGAACGAACUAGUCAUGCACUCUGCAGUAAGGGAUACAGAAGAAGAAGGUGGUAACGUAAUCUUCAUCGGCCACGCGUCAACAUUAGACACCAUGGCAAUCGCAAUGAGACGAUUGGCAGACGAAAGAACAGACCACCCUCCAUAUAAGGUGUCCAAGCAUUUAAUGCGAGUGCCAUACUGCGCGCUGGGCGCGGUGAAGGACAAGCCCUGGGAGGUGGUGUCCCCCCCUUGUCCUCCAUCCAUGAACUCGAGCUCUGGAAGGUUCGAUUGGAAGGUUCUACUGGAUCUCGAUUGAAUUUUCUACUCAUGUGUACUGUCUGUGAUUGUGUGUGAUUUGAAUGUGAUAUAAAUGUUUUAAUCAAGGAAGCGUAAAUGUAUGUGUCGUAAUGACAGCAACUAUCAUUGUGUACUUCUUCAUGUAAGUUAUUGUUUAAUCUGGCACCUCAACACGGACUUUUCUUUUUUUUUUAUUACUAGCUUUACUAGCUUGGGUUCGGACUUUUCUUUUUUUUUUAUUACUAGCUUUACUAGCUUGGGUUCUAGCUUAUUGAGCGCGAAGCGAAAUGUGUGUAAUUGCAGUGAAGUUACAUCUAGCAUUUAUAAAUAGACGUUUCUUGUGUGAAGGCAAUGUGUGAAUGUGCUGAGAUGGCGGGAAAAAUAAUUUUGACGAAUUGUAUUGAAUAUUGGUUUCUUCAAGACAAAAAAUAAAUGUACUUGCCCGUGGGGUUUAGACAUGGUGGAGCAUCAAUUUAUUUCGCUCGAAGCUUAUUUUGCGUCUAUACCUACUCACACUCAUCGGUACAGACUGCCAAAAUGACUUAUGUAACUUAAUGAGCCGCCAUUUUGAAUUCCGUUAUGUACGCACGGGUAGAGUUUGGCUAAUGAAAGUAUAGACUGAAAUCGCCCGCCAAAAUUUACGCUUUCAUAUAUUUUUUUAAUUAUUUUUAAUACAUGAACUAUAGGUAUUAAACUCAGUUACUCCAAUAUUUGCAUUAUGAUUUCGAGAAUUUACUCCGAUUUUUGUUUAAUUUGGCGGCUGAUUUCAGUCUCUAGUUUUAGUAGCAAAACUCUAGUAUUUUACUACUCGUGUAUAAAUGUUACUUACUCUGAUGUCACCUACACUACCCUAUCAAUUAAAUUGAUUGUACUUAAUAAUUUGAAUCCUUCUUACUUUAAGUACAUAUAUUUUUUUAUUUAAGUAAGAGUACCUAUACAAUGAUAAAUAUACUUUAUGUUUAAAUGUUUAAGCUUUAUCAUAAAUGUUAUAAAUAUGUACAGUCAAACUCAUACUACUAAACAUUAUUAAUAUAGAUUAUAUAAUUACAAUUUGCAUUUAUAAUUAUACUACAGCCUUUCUUGAUGAGUACUGUUUACCAACAAAGAAAUUCGAAAUGAAGGUAGAAAACUCAUGUCGUUUCAUAAUUUAUUUAUUUUAAAUUAUGAAUGGUCUGUUUAUAAAAUGUUAUAUAAAAAUAUAUUAACCAUAUCUAAUUGUUCUAAGCUUAUUAAUCAAAUUUAUUUUCAUUAAUUUAGGAACAAGUUAAUUAUAAUUAUUAUUAGGUGUGAAAUGACUAAUGAUUUAUACCCUCAUUUUUAAUUUGUUUGUUGGUAAACAGUACUCAUCAAGAAAGACUGUAGUGUAGAAUCCUACAUUAUCCCUGAUGAACAUAUGCUAUCCGCGUGUACCCAUAGGAACAGGAAUGUUUUAUACGUUACGUACGUAUUCCAUAACCCAUAUUCGGCUCACUGAUGAGCUCGAGUCAGAAUGAGAGGGGUUAGGCCAAUAGUCCAACACGCUGGCCUAAUGCGGGUUGGCAGACAUCACACACGCAGAGAAUUAAGAUAAUUCUCUGGUAUGCAGGUUUACUCGCGAUGUUUUCCUUCACCGUUUGAGACACGUGUUAUUCAAUUUCUUAAAAUGCACACAACUGAAAAGUAGGAGGUGCAUGUCCUGGACCGGAUUGGAAACCACACCCUCCAGAAUCUGAGGCAGAGGUCAUAUCCACUGGCCUAUCACGGCUAUAAUAAUGUUUUAUAUCUUGAUCAAAUGUUUGUUGUCUAUGGUAAACGUAAAUUGUGGUACAAAGUCAAACAGUCAGUAAGUCAAAAAGUAAGUACUUAAAAGUUAUAAUGACUACUACUAUAGUAGUCAUUAUAACUUUUAAGUACUUACUUUUGAUUUAGUUAAGCUGUAUGUCUUGUUUUGCUGUUCUCCAAUUUAGAUAUAUUGAUUUUUUUGUCAUUACUUUAUGGGACAUAAAACGAAAACCAAAAUAUCACGCUACAAUGUGUAUUGUAUUUUUACAAAUAUAAUUGCAUGACGCACCAAAUUAAUGGGGUUUUUAUUUCCUGGUAACUCAGUUAGCUACCAGAAUCAAGAAUUUUCGUAAAUAAAAAAGUUGAUCGUCUCAUCGAGAUGAAGUAUACAGUAAUACUAUAUAUAUAUAGUAAUACUCUCGAAAAAUUAACUUGAUACUAAUGUGUUGUAAAAAAUGUUCUUCCCUACGGAUCCCUGAAGAUAUCAGUAAGCAGUGAGAUACAGAAGCACUGUGUGAAUGUUUUGGAGUACUAGGUAAAAAUAAUUUAAAUAUAACCCAAUAUAAUAAGUUCCUCUUGUAUAAUCCAAUUCGAAAUACAUAAUUGUAAAUUUAUUUUUAUAGCAAAUAAAAUAAUAUGUGAUUGAUUCAA